AUGGCACCGCCAACCCUGACGCAGAUGUUCACAAAGGAGCUCCAGUCCUUCAAGUCCCCACCGCCAAAACAGACCGCGCCGGCCCCAAAGGUCGGCGACCCGGCGCCGGAGCAUGAGAAACUGAAGCUCCCAGACAAGCCCACAAUAGUCGUCUUCCUGCGGCACUGCGGCUGUCCAUUCGCCGAGAAGACCUUCCGCAACCUGACCGCCUUCUCCAUAAAGCACCACCCCCAGAUCCACUGCAUAGCAGUCUCCCACAGCGACGAGGCCGCCACGACCGACUGGGUCGAGCACGUCGGCGGCGCGUGGGAGACGGACGUCGUCGUCGACGAGGAGCGCGACAUAUACGCCGCCUGGGGGCUCGGCCUCUCCUCGUACUGGCACGCCAUCGGGCCCUUCUCCAUCUACAACGCCGUCCAGCUCGGCAAGACAGAGGGCAUCUGGAACAGGACCACCGAGAGCGGCACCCGCUGGCAGAUGUCCGGCGCCUUCGCCACGGACCGCAAGGGCGUCGUGCGCUGGGCCAGCGUCGCGCGCACCGCGAGCGAGGUGCCUGACUUUGACGCCGCGCUCAAGGCGCUGAUCGAGGUGCCCACGGAGGCUUCGUGA